AUGUCUUCCAGCGUGCCAUAUGACCCCUACAUCCCUAACCAAACAACCGGUGAUGAGUCUAACUCUCGUACGGCGGCCAUUCAGGCGCAAAUCGAUGACACGGUUGGCAUCAUGAGAGACAACAUCAAUAAAGUCGCUGAAAGAGGUGAGAGAUUAGAUUCUAUCGAGAACAAGACAGACAACCUUGCAAUCUCAGCUCAAGGAUUUAGAAGAGGCGCGAACAGAGUUCGUAAAGACAUGUGGUGGAAGGACAUGAAGAUGCGUAUGUGUCUUAUUUUGGGUAUCAUAAUUGUUUUGAUUGUCAUCAUCGUGCCUAUUGCUGUUCAUUUCUCGUAA